CAGCCUGCAACCGAUAAUAUGCGGUGUCUAUAUUGUAUGUUCGUUGUCUUGACACUAGCCGAUAUUAGUAAGCUGUGCAUUGCUGCAGCUCCUGAACCGGUAGCAUUUUGGCCACUAAAUAGCGAGUAUGGUUUAGCUGAUGUAUCGGGGAAUGGCAACGACGGUACAGCAACAGGCUCAUCGUUGGACGCGGAUGCGUACGGUAGAUGUACUGGAGCAUAUGAGUUCAGUGGUAACAAAAACUCCUACAUAGAAUUCCCGAACAACGGUGCUUACGAUACUGAAUAUUCACUUACUAUGAUGGCGUGGGUAUAUCCAACUGGAGUCGAUGGUCCUAUCUUCAACUACGAUAACGAUGGUUGGGGCGCCCACUUAUGGCAAACCGCAGGACCUAACGAGUUUGUACGGUUCGUGAGACGAGAUCGGUCGUUUACCGAUUCUUUGACUGUCGAGCUUAGUAUGAAUCAAUGGAACUUGUUCGCCGCUACGUACGAUUACAACACUGGUAUGGCACGGCUUUAUUUGGAUGGUGUCCUGAAGACGAGUUUGGACAUUGGGGUAACAACAUUAGCAACUGACUACAAAGCACGUAUGGGAGCACGUAUAGGCGAUGGUAGAUAUUUCUCAGGCAUGAUAACGUGUAUGCAAGUGUACAAUGUAGCGUUGACUCUCUCCGAAAUUGCAGCUGCCAGCAAAGACCAACACUGUGGAGAUUUCACAGGUAAAAAUUAUCUCAUUAUUGGUAAUAGCUCUUUAGCAUGCGUACAUUGUGUUUUAUACUGUACUGAACAUUAUUUUAUCAGCGACAGUCCUUGUGGGACUUGA